AUGAACAGGACCCUUGGAGAAAAGACAAGGACAUUGCUAAUGCAGAGGAGACUACCCAAGAAGUUCUGGCUGUAUGCGAUCAGAGCUGCAGCAUUCAAAAUAAACCUCACUCUGAGUGUUGAUAAUGAAUUCCCUUAUCAAGCCAUGUUUGGCAAGUCACUGGAGCAAGCUUUAAGACUCCUACAAGUGUUUGGUUGUCUGGCAUGGGUAAACAUACCCAAAGUCAAACGGGACAACAAGAAACUGGACCAUCUAGAGAGAAAGGGCUGGCUAUUCUACAGCCUGGACUAUAAUCUGAACAUAUUCUGGAGCAAUUCAGCAAAAUUCAUGGAAUCAAAGUGCUGGUCAGACAGAAUGGAGUGGCAACUGGUUGACACAAAGGUGCCCCCAGCGAUGAUGACAGAAGAGAAUUUUGAAGAUCUAGGAUAUAACAAAGAAAAUAUAUUCGACGAAACAGAUGAAGGGCCACUACAAGAAUACAUGGAUAUGGAGACAGAUUCAGAAGAAAGAUUAAGUGGAGGAAUGGUGGAGGUGAUGGAACAAGGACCAAUUGCUGAAGCCCAGAUUGACAGUAAAGCUUUUGGACUUGUGGCGAUGCAACCAGAAUGGAGAAAGAACCUGGACCCAACCAUACAUGAAGCAAUGAAUGGAGAAGACAGAAAGCACUGGGAAGAAGCCAUGCAAAAGGAGCUGGAUGGGUUAGAAGCGAUGGGCACAUGGGAGAUCGCCGACCUCCUGAAGGGUGCAAACACCAUCGACAUGUGUUGGGUACUCAAGAUCAAAACCGAUGCGAACCUUGUGCCGACAAAGUUCAAAGCCCAGCUCAUGGCAUGA